GGUACACGGGGCAGCACUGCGAGGUCGACGUGGACGAGUGCGCGUCGCGGCCGUGCAAGAACAACGGCAUUUGCAGCGAUCUGAUCAACGAGUACCGCUGCAGCUGCAUCCAGGGCUUCACGGGCCGCCAGUGCCACAUCAACAUCGACGACUGCGCCUCGCAGCCGUGCCAGCACGGAGGCACUUGCGUGGACCGCGUGGCCGGCUACAGCUGCCGCUGCAGCCGGGCUUCACGGGAACCAACUGCGAGACCAACAUCGAUGACUGCCUCUCGUCGCCGUGCCGCCACGGCUCGUGCCUGGACGGCAACAACUCGUUCACGUGCAUGUGCCACGCCGGCUAUACGGGCCUGCUGUGCCAGACGGAGAUCGACGAGUGCGCGUCCACGCCGUGCCAGCACGGGGGCUCCUGCAAAAACCUCAUCAACAGCUACAAGUGCAUCUGCCCCGAGGGCACGGCGGGCAUCAACUGCGAGUUCAACAUCAACGAGUGCUUCAGCAACCCGUGCCGCAACGGCGCCAAGUGCGAGGACGGAAUCAACGAGUACUGGUGCGAGUGCGAGCCCGGCUUCACGGGCCGCUUCUGCGAAACCAACAUCGACGACUGCCUGUCGCAGCCGUGCGCCAACGGCGGCGUGUGCAUCGACGAGGUAAAUGGCUUCCGGUGCCAGUGCCCGUCGGGCUACUUCGACGCCCGCUGCCUCUCCAACGUGAACGAGUGCGCCAGCGACCCCUGCCUCAACGGCGGCUCCUGUUACGAUGACGUCAACCGCUUCAACUGCAAGUGCCCGCCGGGCUACACGGGCCACCGCUGCGAACAGGAGAUCGACGAGUGCCAGUCCAACCCGUGCCAGCACGGCGGCACCUGCAGGGACGCGCUCAACGCUUACACCUGCUCGUGUCCCCCCGGCUACUCGGGCCGCAACUGCGAGAUCAACAUCGACGACUGCCUGAGCCGCCCCUGCAAGAACGGCGGCACCUGCAUCGACCUGGUCAACUCCUACAAGUGCGUGUGCGAGCUGCCGCACACCGGGAGGAACUGCGAGGUGCGCAUGGACCCCUGCAGCCCCAACAAGUGUCGCCACGGCGCCCGCUGCACACCCACCGCCAACUUCUUGGACUUCACGUGCGAGUGCGAGCUGGGCUACACCGGCCGCCUCUGCGACGAGGACAUCAACGAGUGCGCUAUGUCCCCAUCCCCGUGCAAGAACGGCGCCAGCUGCCUCAACACCAACGGCUCGUACUCGUGUCUUUGCGCCAACGGCUACGAGGGGCGCGAGUGCACCAUCAACACCAACGACUGCGCCCUGCACCCGUGUCGCAACGGCGGCACCUGCCUCGACGGCAUCGGCAGGUACAAGUGCCUGUGCGUCGACGGCUUCGGCGGCACCAACUGCCAGCACGACCUCAAUGAGUGCAACUCCAACCCGUGCCAAAACGGGGCCACCUGCAACGACUACGUCAACUCGUACACCUGCACGUGCCCGCUCGGCUUCUCGGGCACCAAUUGCGAGAUCAACGACGAAGACUGCACGGAAACCUCUUGCAUGAACAACGGCAGUUGCAUCGAUGGAAUCAACAACUACACGUGCGAGUGCAUGGCGGGCUUCACGGGCUCCCACUGCCAGCACCGGAUCAACGAGUGCCACUCGAACCCGUGCGAGAACGGCGGCACGUGCAACGACCACGUGGGCUUCUUCACAUGCCACUGCCUGUACGGCUAUACCGGCCAGCGCUGCGAGCGGGUGAUGGACUGGUGCUCGAGCUCCCCUUGCUUCAACAACGGCGUCUGCACGCAGAAGCUCAAUCGCUUCGAGUGCAAAUGUACUCCAGGAUGGACGGGUCCCCUCUGCGACGUGGCCAUGGUGUCCUGUGAAACGGCUGCGGCCAGCAAAGGCGUCGCUGUUUCGCAGCUGUGUCUGCACGGCGGCAUCUGUCAUGAUAGAGGCAACACGCACAAGUGCGACUGCCGCACCGGCUACACGGGCUCCUACUGCCAGCACGAGAUCAAGGAGUGCGACUCUCAGCCCUGUAUGAACGGAGCCACCUGCAACGACCACAUCGGCUCGUACUCAUGCGCGUGCCGCCCGGGAUUCCAGGGGCCCAACUGUGAGUACAACAUCGACGACUGCAAGCCCAACAACCCGUGCCAGAACGGAGGCGUCUGCCACGACCAGAUCAACGGCUUCCAGUGCUCCUGCCCGCACGGCACUCUGGGCAAGCUCUGCGAAAUCAACACCAGCGACUGCUACGAGGGCGCCUGCCACAACGGAGGCACCUGCGUGGACAAGGUUGGCGGCUUCGAGUGUAGGUGCAAGCCGGGGUAUGUCGGCGCGCGGUGCGAGGGCGACGUGAACGAGUGCUUGUCCUUCCCAUGUUACAAGGAAGGGACAGCCGACUGCGUGCAGUUGGUCAACGAUUACUUGUGCAACUGCCGGCCAGGGUUCAUGGGGCGGCACUGCGAGAGCAAGCGGGACUUCUGCGCCGAGUCUCCAUGUCAAAAUGGCGGUGUUUGCAGCAACACCGAGGAAGGCUACUCGUGCCACUGCAUGGACGGCUUCAUCGGCAAGUCGUGCGAGUUCCCGACAGACGAUUGCGACCACCACCAGUGCGGGCCCGGCGAGGUAUGUCGUCCGUAUGAGAAGGGGAUCGAAUGCGUGCCCAAGGAGUACCCUUGCUCCUCCAACCCCUGCACGCACGGAGGCAAUUGUCUGGACCGGGUGACCUACUUCGAGUGCCACUGCCCGCCGCGCUGGAACGGGAAAAGGUGCGAGGUGAGCGACCCCACGUUCAAUGGCGGGAUCGGCCACGACGUCCCCACCAACCUCACUCUGGAGCGCGAGUUGUGCCGCCUGCACAAGUGUGAUGAGAAGAAGAACAACCUGCGCUGCGAUGCCGAGUGCAGCUCCUUUGCCUGCGAUUACGACGGCUACGAGUGCUCAUAUGGACGCAACCCGUGGGCGUUCUGCGACGCAGACAUUAAUUGCUGGGAGGUAUUCGGCGACGGAGUGUGCAACUCAGAAUGCAACAACGCAGCCUGUCUCUUUGAUGGCUUGGACUGCCGCAAACCCGUCGGAACGUGCAAUCCAAUAUACGACGCCUACUGCGCCACCAACUACGAGAACGGCCACUGCGACCAGGGCUGCAACGUCGCCGAGUGUGGCUGGGACGGCCUCGACUGCGAGAAAGAGCCCCCCAACAUCAUGAACGGCCAGCUCCAGCUGGUGGUGGAGGCCAGCAGUGCGGACUUCCAGACUGCCAAGAAGGCCUUCAUCAGGGAUCUCAGCCGGUUCCUGGGCGUGCAUCUGGUGAUCAUGAGAGACCAGUCCAACCAGGAGAUGAUCUACCCGUACGACCAGGAUGGUAUCCAGGGGCUGCUCGUUUACUUCGAGAUCGACAACCGCCGGUGCGCAAAGGGCGACCAGUGCUUCGACAGCGUCAAAGACGUUGCGAACUUCUUGGCUGCUAACAAGCUCCAUCUGCAAACCGACGCAGGUCUUACCAUCUCUGGGGUGCACGUGUCGGGGCCACCGACACCUCCUCCAGGCUACACGUACAUCAUUGUGGGCAUCGUGUUUGCCAUGGUCCUGGUGGGCAUCAUUUUCAUGGUUAUCACCAACAACCGAAAGCGCAUGAGGGGUGUGACGUGGUUCCCCGAAGGAUUCUUCCCAAAAUACUCGAACAGCUCAAGUAGUGGCCUGGAGCCGGCUCGCAGGAAGGUCCCUGACGGCCAGGAGAUGCGCAACUUCAACAAGGGCGCCUCCUCGCACCACCUCGCCGACAUGGGCGACGAUAGCAUCAGCCGUCACCUGCCCAUGCCGGGACCGGUGGGCGACUGGUCCGACGACGACAGCGAGCACCCGCCCACGAAGCGCUCACGCCACGAGGGAGGCUUCACGGACCAGACCCACCUGGCCGACUACGACGACGCGAACGACCCCCGCGUGUGGACGCAGCAACACCUCGACGCCGCAGACAUCAAGAACCCUGACUUGUUGGCCCUGACUCCGCCGCAGGCCGAGCCCGAGGACCACCGCGGCGUGGCAGGUGACGUCAACUCCAAGGGACCCAUGGGACUCACGCCCCUCAUGAUCGCCUCCUUCAGGGGUGGCGGACUCGAGAGCCACCCUGACGAGGACGACAAGGACGGCUCGGCGGCGGUUAUCCAGGAACUCAUCGAACAGGGAGCCAAACUGAACGCCAAGAUGGACCGAACAGGAGAGACGUCGCUUCACCUUGCUGCUAGAUAUGCACGUGCAGAUGCUGCUAAGCGACUGUUAGAUGCAAAGGCUGACGCCAACGCCCAGGACUCCACCGGACGCACGCCCUUACACGCUGCCGUCGCUGCAGAUGCCCAAGGAGUGUUCCAGAUCUUAUUAAGAAAUCGUUCAACCGAUUUGAACGCUAAGAUGAACGAUGGAACCACUCCGCUGAUCCUGGCCGCCCGUCUAGCUAUCGAAGGCAUGGUGGAGGACCUUAUCAAUGCUGACGCUGACAUUAAUGCUGCUGACGAUCUCGGAAAGACUCCGCUUCACUGGGCCGCAUCUGUCAACAACGUGGAAGCUGUGCAGAUUCUGCUGGCCCACGGUGCCAAUCGCGAUGCCCAAGACAACAGGGACGAGACUCCACUGUUCCUUGCCGCACGGGAAGGAAGCUACGAAGCUUGUAAGGUCCUGCUGGACCACUUUGCCAAUCGCGACAUCACCGACAACAUGGAGAGACUUCCGGAAGACGUGGCCAACGAGCGACUGCAUCACGACAUUGUGCGACUGUUGCGCGAACAUCACCCACGAUCCCCACAGAUGGCGCAGGUGGUGACAACGUCCCACCUGGUAAACCAACAGAGCCAGCCCUCGUUGUUGGCGCAACAACAGAUGGCGCCUCAGCCCGCACAGAGGACCAAUACUCAGCCCAAAGCCAAGGCUAGGCGGCCCAAGUCCUCCGUGAUGGCACUCCCGGGCUCGUCUAACAUCAACACGCCCGUAAGCCCCGAUGGCACCACGUCCAUCAAACGCAGCUCCAGCGUCAAAAAGAAGAGGGAGAACACGGGGGUGCCGAGCGUGGAGUCACAGGCCCAGCUAUCUCCCUUGAAUUCAUUGGGGUCGCCGCACGAUAUGUUCGCGGCCGCGACCAGCCCCUUCGAGACCGGCCUUUACACCGCCGGGAUGCCCAGCUUGAAUCCCCAUUUCGGCGAGCUGGCAGUGCCGCAGCCGCCCUCCUACGACGAGUGCGUCAAAGCCACAGUGUCCAUGAGCAACUUGCAGCAGAUCGGGGACCACGAUAACAACCCCUUCAGCUACUCGAACAUGAUGGGCGCGCACCAACACCAAAGCCAUCAUCAGGGCCACGUGGUUCACCAGCGCCAGCAAUCUAUGCCGGCCUCCUUCUCGCCACAGAGCCAGGCCACGUCCCCUCCACAUCACAUGACCCCGCCACACAGCACGUCUUCGCCACAGCACGUGCACUCGCCACACGCAGCGGCCAACGUCACCUCCCCAGGCAAGAUGAGGCCAGCGCUCCCCACCUCCCCGACACACAUGGCGGCUCUGCGGCAAGCAACUGCUAAUACGGGGUUUGAGUUCCCGUCUGUUAGCGCAGCUGGCUAUAGCCUACAAGGUCAACAACAACAUCAACAACAGCAGCAGCAGCAGCAACAACAGCAACAGCAGCAACAACAACAACAACAACAGCAGCAGCAGCAGCAGCAGCAACAGCACCAUCAACACCAACAGCAGCACCCACAGCCACACCAAGGUGGCAGCGGGUUUUACCCACACUACCCCACGCCCCCGUCCCAGCACUCCGGGAUGGAGGCGACGCCACAACACAACGGCGCACCGAGUGCGCACGACCCUUUUCCGACCCCUUCGCCUGAGUCUCCUGGGCAGUGGUCGUCUGCCUCACCUCGGAGCCAGAGUGACUGGUCAGAGGGCGUCCGGUCCCCACUAGGGCCCCCUGGGGUUCCUCCACAUCACCAAGUAUUCUCUGUGGGUCAGCAACAGCAGCAGCAGCAGCAACAACAGCAGCAGCAUCAGCAGCAGCAACAGCAGCAGCAACAGCAACAACAAGCAGCCCCGCAACCUCUUGGAUUACCCCCACAGGGGUCUAUCUAUAUCUAGAAAAAAAAUUGUGCCAAUAGUUCUCUAGUGUACAGUGCUGCCCCUAUGUACAGUGCUGCGUGUACUAUACUCGCCUGGGUUGAUUGCCCUGCUGUGUACAUACCGCGCUAAUAACUGCCCCGCUGUACUUAGCGUGCAAAUCAGUACAAUCAAUAUUCUAUGGACCUUUGCGUAUCGCAGGCCUAGUGUAAAGCGGUAGAGACCGUAAUAUGUACAGUGUUCACGCGGAACAAUUUGCAAUAUAGUUGUAGUGGUGAGGUAAGGAGGAGUGUCUUUCAUGGGUCGCUCGUGUGGGAGCUGUGUUCACUAGCGACACUCAGAGCGCUAAGAAACAUGCAUUUCAAAAUUACAGUGGCUGUAAGAAUCUAUGACAAAUUUCGUAUUGACUAUUUGUUUAUCAGUUUUGACAUGUGUAUGCAUAUGUGUUUAUAUAUGUAUAUGUAUGUAUGUAUAUAUAUAUAUAUAUAUAUAUAUAUAUAUAUAUAUAUAUAUAUGAACAUAUAUUUUAGAUAAUGCAAUUAGAGACUGUAAAAAGCGCUCUCAGCACAUGACGGUGGCUCUGUCAGUAUAGACAAUUUUCAUUAUCAGUGACCACUUUAUAUGUGAUACGUUGUUUAGUAUAUGAAUUUUAUGACCAUGUCUUCGUUUAAUUUGUUUUUAAGGUUAAUGCUAUGUCAAAUAUUAGCAUAGGAACUUUGCAAACCGAUCUCUUUAGGGUAUUUUUGAAUUAUAUUUUUUAUGAAUUCAUAUCCUUAUGAACAAAAAAAAUAUGUGAUUUCGAGAAUUGCAUAUAUGAAAUUUCAGUUUUAUUACUAUAUUUCCUUUUGAGCAUAAGACAUGAACAAAUGUAAACAAUUUAUAGGGUGCUUUACCAUGGGAAAUAUAAAGUGCCUCUUGUAAAAUAUUACUCAUUAUUUUGUUUUCUUUAUUUGUAAGCAUUUGUUAUAAUGAAUGUUUGGACACUGUGGGUAUUGCAAGGCAGUGACAUCCUCUUUCACCUAUGUACAUUUUUGACAAUCUCACAAUUGAUAUGAGUUUUAAAUUGUUAUUUGCAUUUAUAAGAAAUAGUUAUGUUAAUGAAUUUUCUCACAAGCACUUGUGUAAUGUCUGACAUGCCCACAUUUCAUGAGCCCACAAAAGUGGGUUUGUGAAUCAAAGAAUGUAUGAAUUGAAUGUAUGCAUUUUGUCCACAUGAGGGUGUGCAAGUAAAAUCGACAAAUAAAUACUUGAUUUUGUAAA